AUGAUAUUUGCUGCACACCAACUCCAGGAAAAAUGCCAAGAGCAGUACAGCGACCUCUUUGUGACCUUUGUCGACCUGACGAAGGCCUUCGAUACAGUCAGCAAGGAUGGCUUAUGGAAGAUAAUGGAGAAGUUUGGCUGCCCAAGCAAGUUCAUCACGAUUGUCUGGCAGUUCCAUGAUGGCAUUUUGGUGAAGGUACUGGAUGAUGGAGACAAGUCAGAGGCUUUUCCGGUGACAAACGGCGUGAAACAAGGCUGUGUUCUUGCCCCGACGCUCUUCAGCAUGGUCUUUUCAGCCAUGCUGACAGACGCCUUCCAUGACUGCCAGGAUGGGAUGCACGUCAGGUACAGGACUGACGGUGGACUGUUCAACCUCAGGCGCCUGCAGGCUGUUACCAAAGUGAAGGAGACUAUCAUCAGAGACUUCCUGUUCGCUGAUGACUGCGCCCUCAAUGCCGGCACAGAGCAGAAGAUGCAGCACGAAAUGAAUUGCUUCACAAGAGCCGGUGACAACUUCGGUCUCAUUAUAAGCACCAAAAAGACUGAAGUUAUGUACCAGCCCGCGCCUGGACAGCCCUACCAGGAACCACACAUCACGGUGAAGGGACAAGAACUCCAGACUGUCGACAGCUUCACCUAUCUAGGCAGCACACUUUCAAGAGUGGUGAACAUUGAUGCAGAAGUCAUCAACAGGAUUGCCAAGGCAAGCUCUGCCUUUGGAAGACUGAGAAUAUUGGGGGAAAGACUCCUGUUCAUCAAGUGGCAGGAUAAAAUCCCUGACACGGAAGUCCUGGAACUGGCCGGCAUCUCCAGCAUCCACACCCUCAUACAGAAAGCGCAGGUCAGAUGGGCAGGUAAUGUUGUCAGAAUGGCGGACAGUCGACUGCCAAAACAGCUACUUUACGGAGAACUCUACGAAGGCAAGCGCUCAGUUGGGGGACAGAAGAAACGUUUCAAGGACAGUCACGAAGCGUCUCUCAAGGACAAGAACAUCAAUGUCAGCACUUGGGAGCAGCUUGCUAUCAACCGCUCAACUUGGCGAAGCAAAGUCUCCACAGGCGCCUGUGCAGCAGAGAAGCGACGUACGACGGAAGCGCAACUGAAACGUGCUGCGCGCAAAGCUCGAGCUGGCCACACUUCCAACACAGUACCCACGCACACCUGUCCCGUGUGCGGGCGAACCCUACGGGCCCGGAUCGGCCUCAUCAGUCAUCUCCGGACCCACAGCAACUGA